GUUCAUUUGGAGAGAUUGCCAAGAUCAGGGAGAGUGUCAUUAUUUCACUAAACCACGAAUACUGCGAACCAGGCCAAGGAUUAGUGCUUUCCACUGGAGACGAGAUAGCCAUAAUUCCACCUAUCAGUGGAGGUUAGAUAUUAUGGACUAUAUACAUCUAACUCUGGAUGCUCUUUCUGUGGACAAAGUCACAUCUCUGGUUACUGAUCCCUCCUGUGGCGCCAUCAGUGUUUUUAUUGGAACUACACGUGACACAUUCCAGGGAAAAAAUGUUAUAAGACUUGAGUAUGAAUCAUAUGAGGAGAUGGCAGAAAAAGAGAUGCGGAAACUGUGUAAACAAGCUAGAGAAAAAUGGCCUUUGAAACACAUAGCACUAUAUCAUAGAUUGGGUCUAGUACCUGUGACAGAGUCCAGUGUGAUUGUAGCUGUUAGUUCAGAACAUCGACGAGAGUCUUUGAAUGCUGUGUCCUUCCUUAUAGACAGCCUGAAAGCCAAUAUUCCCAUCUGGAAGAAAGAAGUUUAUAAUGAUGGCAGUGGUGACUGGAAACAGAAUAAAGAGUGCAUAUGGGUAAGAAAGGAAGAUGGCACAAGCAGCAACAUCAAAGCGAAUGAAGUCAUCAAUAACAACAAAAGAAUUAUCACUGAUGGAGUUAAAGAUGCAAAUGUUGUGGCCUUUAAGAAAAUUAAGAAAGCGCAUCAUCCUGUAGCCCAGUGUGAGAAACUGUUAGAAAUGGGACAAAAAUCUUCAGCUUCAGCUGCUGACAACGCUGCCAAAUCAGCACCAACUUGUGAGAACACCUCAAAAUCAGCACCAACUUGUGAGAACACCUCAAAAUCAGCACCAACUUGUGAGAACACCUCAAAAUUAGCACCAACUUGUGAGAACACCUCAAAAUCAGCACCAGCUUGUGAGAACACCUCAAAAUCAGCACCAACUUGUGAGAACACCUCAAAAUCACCACCAACUUGUGAGAACACCUCAAAAUCACCGCCAACUUCUGAGAACACCUCAAAAUCAACACCAGCUUGUGAGGACACCACAAAAUUAGCUCCAUCUUGUGAGAACAACUCAAAAUCUUCAUUGCCAUCUUCUGAGAACAGCUCAAAAUCUUCAGCAUCAUCAUCUGAGAACAGCUCAAAAUCUUUAGCAUCAUCAUCUGAGAACAGCUCAAAAUCUUCAGCAUCAUCAUCUGAGAACAGCUCAAAAUCUUCAGCAUCAUAUUCUGAGGAGAACAGCUCAAAAUCUUCGGAAGAGAACAGCUCAGAAGAGAAUCUGACUGCAGAGGAAUCAAAAGAUGAAAUGCUGAGAACAAGAACAGAAACAAGUCCCGUGGGAAUUAGACAAUCCUGUUUGCUGGAUCCAAACUUAGUUCAAAUUGUUGCAUCGAAAAAGGAGCUUGAUCGACGAAUUGCUGCAUUUCAACAACGUAAACGAGAGGAACUGGAUGUACUCAAUGUGCAAGAGUUCUGCAUGUUAUCUGGAGGUUCCUCGUCGCUUAAUUCCUGUGCUCGGACAACAGCAGUUGUUUUAAGAUCUAAAGGCUCCAAUAGCCAUUUGAAAAUGACCCAUGUUGUCAAUGACUGGGGACCUCAGACAUUGGGAUUAGACCCAGGAUCUGUUUCUUCAGAUUUUAUGACUUCAAAGGCAUCACUAAAGCAAGAGUGCAACACUGGCAAGAGCAGCAGCAGUAGAGAAGGCUCGGUAUACACAGGACAUCAGUCACCUCAGGAUAAUAAGGAUUCUCAGGAGCCAGAUAUUUUACCCACAGGUGAGAAUGUACAUAAAUGGUAUACAAUACUGACAGGAUGAAGAAUUAGACACAUGUGCAACAUCUGGAUAUCUUCAUCUGUAGAUGUUUUGUCAUCAAGUGGCCUUUUCAAUACAAAUUCAAUGACUGUAGAACUAUAUACAAAAGACAAGGUAAUCAGUCCCUCAGCCUUGAGGUUGGUGAAGAGCACCAUAGUCUUGAAGAAUCUGAAGCACAGGCAGUAAAAUUGUCGCUUUUAUACUGACUUCAAAUGAGCUUCAGACGUGCAAUUGGCAAAGGCAUGGUCACUGGUAGGAGGGAUUUCCCAGUGGAAAUAAGUCAUACAUAAGGGAUGGGCUAGUAGUAAUUAAGAAGGUUGUGGAGAUGUCCUCUGAACCAAGAUUCCAUGAUGUUGCUGUGUCUGACAGGUGAGAAUCAUUACUUGGAUCUCCCAUUUAAACAAACAAAACCAUAGGAGCUGUUAUUGAUGAAAGUUAAAGUAUAAAAUUUAGAAGACCAUGUAGAUAG